UCUCAAGUUAGCUUUCGCGAAAUGGCGCCACGAAUUUCAUCAUUGUUUACAAUUUGCUAUUAACCGGCUUGCCAUCUAAUGUUUACAUUCGGUGUCACUUGCUCAUGCGCAGUACUUACAGUAUGUUUACUAGAGUGAAGCAUCCCUUUCCGCUUUCGCAUCUUGUCCAAUGAGCUGAGGCUAUUCGUUCGUUGUUAGACUAUCCCAACCAAAAUACGGUUUUCAUUGAUUGUGUUUGUUCACUGUAGUUACGGAGCGAGUGGUCCACGCGAAGGCGUCAGCCAUUUUGGUCGGUAGUGUAUUAUGGCGAGUUCUCAUAAAGAUUCAGAUAGUGAUGCUUGGGCACUGUUAGCUUUAAAAUCUGCACCAGCAAGUCCAUCGAAAGUGCAAUGGAGCCCCGAACCCAAAGGAGCUGCUAUUGCAAGGCUAGAAGGCCGAGAAUUCGAGUAUAUGAUCAGACAGUACCGUAUUACUAUUGGGCGAAACAGCCGAGUUGGUGAAGUAGAUGUAAACAUGGGUCAUUCGAGUUUUAUUUCGAGAAGACAUUUAGAAAUAACUUUUGAAUCUCCACACUUCUUUAUGACUUGUAAUGGAAAAAAUGGAGUGUUUGUUGAUGGAGUCUUUCAAAGAAAAGGUGCAGCUCCUCUGCAGCUUCCAAAAAUGUGAGUUUGUUUUAAGCCUAAAACGUGUUUACGG